UUUUCCUUUUGAUAAAAGCUUUAAAAAUAAAUGGUGGAUUUGGAAAUGUUUGGUGAGCACACAUUUCUGGUGAUGAUGGGGCUGAUCUCGUGUGACUCUCAUAAAAAAACUCCAGAGGAGCAAUAUGUUUUUCCAAAUAGAAUCAUAGAACGGUGAUAAAUUAAAACAACAAAAACGGAGUUUGCAAGUUCAUUCUGUUUCUUUGGCAAAGUGAACCCCUAAGGUUUCCAACCCUUCUUAUUUCCGUGGAUGGUUCUCAUAUUGAUGACCGGUGGUUGGGAAGUUAUCAUCUCUCUGUUCAUAAUAUAUUUAAAUAUUGUUGAUAUGCUUUCUUGAGUUAACUACGAAUUUACUUUGCUCUACAUAUUGCAUAAAUUUGCAUUUUCACUGAUCCGUAUCUGUUAGUAUGGCUCAUUCUUGCAUCAAUAGAAAGAACCUGACUCAAAAUUAAGCAAUUAUCUGCUAGGAGGAUCAUUGAAGUGAAGCAUUAUGUAGCCAUUGGGCUAGUGGGUGAUGUCCGCAAGAGGGAAGAUGCAAUCAGAGUUUUGGAUUCAACUAUUAAACAUUUUGGCAGACUUGACAUCCUUGUAAAUGCUGCAGCUGGCAACUUUCUUGUGUCUGCAGAGGAUUUAUCGCCUAAUGGAUUUCGGACAGUUAUGGAUAUCGAUUCUGUUGGCACAUUUACAAUGUGCCAUGAAGCGCUGAAGUAUCUUAAGAGAGGAGGAAUAGGCAGGGGCAUCUCUAGUGGUGGAACAAUUUUGAACAUAAGCGCGACAUUGCAUUACACAGCUUCUUGGUAUCAAAUUCACGUUUCUGCUGCCAAGGCAGCUGUCGACAGCAUUACAAGGUCAUUGGCAUUGGAAUGGGGCACUGAUUAUGAUAUUAGGGUCAAUGGAAUCGCACCAGGACCUAUUGAAGGUACUACUGGACUUAGUAAGCUUGUGCCUGACGAGGCACAGAAUAAAAUUGAAGAGUACUUGCCCCUGUAUAAAUUGGGGGAAAAAAGGGAUAUUGCUAUGGCUGCUCUCUAUUUAACAUCAGAUGCAGGUAAAUACAUCAAUGGAAUGACAAUUGUGGCUGAUGGGGGACUCUGGCUAAGCCGUCCUCGUCACAUCUCAAAAGAAACAGUUAAGGAGCUGUCUCGAGUGGUGGAAAAGAGAUCGCGAGAAGAAGCAACAAACAGGGUUUCACCAAGCAAACUCUAAGCUAAAAAUCUUAGGGUGCAUAUGGAUCAUUUGUUCUCUUGGUAUCCCUAAGCUCAAGAUCUCAACAACAACCUUUUGUCCGAGCAAGGUCCACUGUCUAAAUUUGGUGGCGCCUUUCUGUUUAGUUGUAGGCUGAAUAUUGCAAAUUGAUUGUUGUUUCCGUUAAGCAAAACGUUAAUAAAGCAGCCUAUUGAAGUCCAUGGCUUAACUCAUCUUGAAAACCAGGUUGCUCGUGGUUAAGUUUCUUGUAUAAUGUGGUACAAAUCUCAAUACACUCGCUCAAUGUAGCCUCGUUGGGUCUAA